AUGGAGUACUCAGAUUUCUCACAUUACAACAAAGAACCUGGGGAAUCAGAGGGAACACAGAUGGAGAAAAAGCAUCUGGACUUUUCUUUUUCCAAGGAAGAAACAGAAGAAUUAGAGGGUGCACACUUGGCAAUGGACUAUACAGACUCUUCUUUUUCCAGGGAAGAAACAGGGGAAUCUGAAAGUGAACAACUGGAGAAAGAACAUCCAGAUUUGUUAUAUUCAAGGGAAGAAACAGAGGAAUCAGAGAGUGCAAAACUGGAGACAGAAUAUCCAGAACUGCUUUUUUCCACUAAAGAAACAGAGGAAUCGGAGAGUUCACAGCUGGAGAUGGAGCAUCCAGACUUUUCUUUCCCCAGGGAAGAGGAGGAGGAACCUGAAAGUGCACAGCUGGAGAAAGAGCACCCAGAUUUCUCAUAUUCCAGAGGAGAAACAGAGGAAUCAGAGAGUGCACAGCUGGAGAUGGAGCAUCCAGACUUUUCUUUCCCCAGGGAAGAGGAGGAGGAACCUGAAAGUGCACAGCUGGAGAAAGAGCACCCAGAUUUCUCAUAUUCCAGAGGAGAAACAGAGGAAUCAGAGAGUGCACAGCUGGAGAUGGAGCAUCCAGAUUUUUCUUUCUCCAGGGAAGAAAUGGAGGAAUCAGAGAGUGCCCAACUGGAGACGGAGCACCCAGAUUUUACAUACUCCAGAGAAGAAAUUGUGGAAUCAGAGCGUGCACAGCUGGAGAUGGAGCACCCAGACUUUUCUUCCCCCAGGGAAGAAACAGAGGAAUCAGAAAGCGCACAGCUGGAAAUGGAACAUCAGGAGUUUUCAUUUUCCAGGGAAGAAACUGAGAACCAAAGUUCUGUUCCUUUUGAACUUGAACAGCCAGAGCCUUAUUCCCCUGAAGAAGCAGAGGAAGAAGGAGCAGCACAGCAAGAAAGUAAACACAUGCCAGAUAAACUAGAAUACUUGGAAACAAAUCCUUCAUUUAAAAGAAAGUUAGCUGAUGAUGGUCUUAGAGCCCUAGCUUCUGGAACAACCACCGAGAUUUCAGAAAGCUCGGUGUUGGGAAAGCCUGCAAGCCAUGAACUAAAAGAAUUGGUCCAAAAUGAUGAUGUUGAGGAAACUGGAGAGACAGAACAAGAAAAUCCCUUGUUGCCAGAAAACAAUAAUAAUGCAGUGUUGGAUCCUAAUAAUGGAAUGGCUGAUAUGGAUUAUUUUGAAAAAUACACAUUGAUUGAUGACAAAUCCCCAGUUAAGCCACAUUUUGAAAGACCAACUUCAUUGUUUCCUGUGAUGGAAGAUCCCAAUGAAGCUGCAGAAGAAGCCACAUCUUUUAAAGAAAGUGUUGAGGUAGAUAUUUUGGAAGAGGAGUUUUCCUUACUUGAGGAUCUAGAUGAAGUCUUUUAUGGUACUGUGAAAGGAGAAAGCAAAAUGCAGUCCAAUGCAGAUCCUCCAAAGCCUUUACCUCUGCAGAAAUCCAUUGAAAUCAGUAGUAAAAAGGUUACAAAUGUAGAAGAUGAACGGAAGUCACCAGGGACUCCACUCUUUGAUUCAGAAGAAGGAGUGCUAGAACGAUCUCUGUUGUUCCCUACCACUGUUGCUGCAGUUAAUCCAGAGCUUCUAGAGGAGCCACCUGCUCUGUCAUUUUUAUACAAGGACCUCUAUGCAGAAGCAGUAGGAGAAAAGACAAAGGAUGAGACUCCUUCUGAUGAGGACAGUGGUGCAAGGAGUGAUACCACUGAACAAAGAGAGGAAGAAAAUGUGCCUGUAGAAACAACUGAGGAGUUACCAGAGCAAUCAAGUCAUCAAGUGUAUAGUCAACUAGUGGAUGAUCAAGGAGCUGCAUAUCAAGAAGCUAGUAAUAAACAGGAAGAAGAGCAUGAAAUAGCAGCAGUUCCUGAGAUGGAAAAAUAUGUCCCGUGUGUCCGGACUCCUGUUGAAGACAGUGAAGAUGAUCAGUAUACCCAGGAAAAUCUUUCACGUGUCUCUACCAUUCAGCAAACAGAGGAGCCAGGUUUGCAAAGGGAGGAUCAGCACCCUGAUGUUCAUGAAGAUCUCGCUGAGUCAAUGGACUAUGAUGUGAUUAUGCAAGAAGAACUUCUGCAAGAUGAACUAUCAUCUCAAUUCACACACGAGGAGCUAUUAUUUGAAGACAGGGAUUCUUUUGAGAAUGUUGGUGAUAGUUAUGAAUUUGUUAAUGAGCCAGAGCAAAGAACACCUGUUGAGCUUGAAGAUUCAGGCUUUGUGGUGAUGUAUCCUGAAAAAGCAACAAACAUUCCUCAAGUUGAGAGCCCACAAAGAGAACUGAAAAAAGCACAAGCAGACACAUAUUGUCACCACUGCAAAUGCCCAAUAUCUGCUAUUGACAAGCUUUUUGGAGAACAUAAAGACCAUGAAGUCACAACACUAGAUGAUGCUGCAGCCAAGAUGAAGGAUCAAUUAAGUGAAUUGCUAACUGCAUUGGAAGAAAAGUCAAUGAAGAUUGAAGAGUUUGUGAGUGAUAUUGAGUUGCUAUUUAACUCUGUUGAGGAAAACUGUAAGAAAAAUGCAGAGUUAUUGGAAAAGCAGAAUGAAGAAAUGAUUAAGAAAGUGGUAGCACAAUAUGAUGAGAAAUCAGAGAACUUUGAGGAGGUGAAGAAGAUGAAAAUGGAAUACCUGUAUGAGCAGAUGGUUAACUUCCAACAAACUGUUGAUUCAGCAAAGGAAACUUUGGAGACAACAGUAAAAGAAAUGGAAGAACUCGAUGGAUUUGUUUUCCUAAAUGUAAUCUCUGAAAGGUUACUUUCUGCAAUGGAUACUACUCUCUCUUUAGAAAAGGUGCCCAGUGCUUUUUCAUUGUUUGAGCACUAUGCGGACAGUCCAGGACAAAGCAACCAGCACUCCUUAAAACAUGUGGCUGUCCCACAGACACCAACUGUCGUACCUCAGGAACCAAAUUCGGCCACAAGCACUUCCAUUGCUGUUUACUGGGCUGUGAACGACGGGGAUGCCAUCGACUGCUUCCAAGUCUACUGUAUGGAGGAGCUGCCAGCCAGCAAAGAUGCUGGGGCUUUGGUGGAAGAGUACCGAGUGACGGUGAAGGAGAGCCACUGCAUUUUGGAGGACCUGGAGCCGGAUCACUCCUACAGUGUGUGGGUCAUGGCUGUGAAUGGCACAGGCUGUAGCUUACCCAGUGAAAAGGCCAUUUUUAAAACAGCGCCCGCUGUCCCCACCAUCAAGGCUGAGGACUGCACGGUGUGUUGGGACAUGGCCACCAUCCGCUGGCACACUGUCUCGGCGUCAGCAGAGUCCUUCACCCUGGAGUACUGCCGACAGCACUCACCAGAAGGAGAGGGUCUCAGAUCUUUUUCUGGUAUAAAGAGACCUGAACUGAAAGUAUCCCUGGAGCCCAAUGUGAACUAUUUCUUCUACCUGAGGACUGUCAACCUGUUUGGGAUAAGCGAACAAAGUGAAGCAGCUCUCAUCUCAACUAAAGGAACUCGAUUUCACCUGCUGAGCGACACAGCCCAUCCCACUUUGCAAAUCUCCUCCAAUGCAACAGUGAUCUGCCUUCCUGAGAAAGCCAAAUUUACUGGGUUUCCUUCAGUCCUGGGUGAGCUGCUGCCUGCUCGAGGACAUCAUUACUGGGAAAUAGUUGUCUCUGCCUGCAGAAGCUACAGGAUUGGGAUUUGCUAUGAGACAACAUCACAGAGCAGUGUCCUGGGGCUGAGUGAUACCUCCUGGUGCAUGCGGUGCUGUCCUACACAAACCAGCUUUCUUUACAGGUUUCUUCACACUGGUGUGAUGAGCGACGUCCAUGUGACAGAACACCCGGACAGGAUUGGUGUCCUGUUGGAUUACAGUGGUGGCAGACUGUUGUUCUUCAAUGCAGAGAGAGGACUGAUGCUGCUUGCCAUCAGGCACAAAUUCACUGAUGCUGCUCACCCGGCCUUUGCCCUGGAGAAGGCUGGAGUGCUUACCCUGCACACGGGGAUGGAGUUGCCAGAGUUUGUGAAGCACAGCUAAUCCCCUUGCUUCACACCCUCAGGAAAACUGACAAUUACAGUGUCAGGGGACUGGGAGGGGAAGGGAGGUGUCAGUCUUCACUGAUGAAUGCCACGCACAGAGCUCUCCCCCACAUCACCAGAAAUUGUAGUUAGUGCUCAGCCACAUAAUCACCCUGAGCCUGGAGAGAAAAUCGACUCCCUCAGAUAGAGCAUGCACCUAGUGAUAUACACAGCAGUACUUUUGAGGGGAAAAAAAGUUUUGUUAGGUAUGAACAUUAAGGGAGGGAUGGAAACAUACUUUCCCUGUGAAAAUAAUGACAGUGCUAUCUGUCUUUUUAAAGUUGAUGAUGAACCUGUGUAUAAAAUAAAUGCAUCUCUUACUGCAA